CUUUUCUUUAUUACAAUCAAAGAACCUAAAUGUUCUAUAAAUUGAGCUCUUACUUACAUUCUAGAAAAUCACAGAACAUAUAUUUUUUUUAAUACACUUUACACUUGAUACAACAGAGUAAAGAAAAAUUUAAAUGGGCAUCACAAAGAAUUUAGUGACUUUUUUAUUCUUAAUAAUAUUGGCUGCUCUUGUGUCCAAUUACAAUGUAUUGGCUUCAGAGAUCAAACCUACAGGGAGAAUUCAUGAUCAAUGCAAGCAGAUGUGUUCGGCAACGUACGGGAAUGGUAAAUGUUCCGCGGACUGUAGGAAGGCUGGGUUCUCAUCCGGACAAUGUCUUACCUCUUCUCCUUUCGGAAAUAAAUGUUGUUGCACCAAGUGAUUGAAACCGAUCUCUAUGAGUUUUCUCUUGUUGCAUUUUAACAAAUCAUAAAUGCAAUAGAAUAAAAUAACAUAAUUUGAUAA